AUGUGGCUUUGGUUGCAUUCAAGCGGGCCACUCGCUGCUGCCAAUAGCAUUCGCGUUUGUUAUCGAUGCCGCCAGGCUUUGACCGACACGUAUGCGAUUCCCGAACAUUGGUGGUCAGACCAGUAUCGCAAUUCGAACGGCUAUUUCGGAUGUGCCGAAGAGGAGGACGCUGCAGGCGUUUCCGGUCUAAACACAUGGGCAUUUUUCGAGACCAAGCAAAUUCAAGACGACAAACGAUAUAAAUGGCUCAGGAUGAACAUUUUCACACGAUAUCUGUCGUCCCAAAAACAGAUAUACAUACUUCUAUUUGACACCAACCCGUCCGUCUUCGAACGGCUCAAAAGCUCGUUCAUGGAUGUGAAACCGAAGCAGUAUAUUGAUUCCAUGUGGCCCUAUCUUACGAUACUGGACGAGCUUGUCCGCCUCGAGGAUGCUGCCGUAUGGUCUAUACGUGAUCAAGUACGCACGAUAGAACUGGAGGAAACUCCGACGGAAAAGUGCGAACCUGAUUAUCGACGUCUUCACGACAUAGCGCGUCACGCUAUCCACGUCAAUGAGACACUUGAUGUGUCGAAGAAGACGCUGGACAACAUUAUUGCACGGCACCAAGAGAUCAAAUGCGAUACACCCGACUCGGUUGUUUGGUGGAGUGUCCACCAGAGAUUUGUGGCAGCGAAGACUAUGAUCGAAAGUCUACGGGGUCGAUCCAUUUCCAACGAGAAGAGACUCCAAAACGAAAUCCAGCUUGCUUUCAACAUAGUGGCUCUGCAGAUGGGCCGGGCCACCCAGACGGACAGUGCUGCGAUGAAGACCGUAUCGGUAUUGACACUGGCGUUCUUGCCACCGACGUUCAUUUCUGCGAUAUUCAGCAUGUCCUUUUUUAACUUCGAUCCUGACUCUGGUUGGGCCGUUUCCAGUCAGUUCUGGAUGUAUUGGGCUUUUGCUCUCCCGUUAACUCUUUUAACUUCCGUCAUAUAUUACUAUUGGCAGGGAACAUACCCAUCGAAGCUUUUCUCGAGAGCUGCACGUGGCCGUAACAGACACAGCUCAGUAAUAUGA